AUGUCAGACACCAAACCCGAGCUCGAGAAAGCAUCUACUGUACCGGUCGGUCAGCCUCGUGACACUCAGUCUGCAUCUUCACCUCGCCACCCGUCAUCAUCGCCGCAGCCUUCUUCCCCUACCUCCACUACCAAAUCGCUUCCAUCCAAAGCUCCCGCUCACCCAUCCGCAGAGGACACCACUUCGCGUCGAAAAAGAGAACGUGAAGGCAGUCUCGAGCCUUCCCAGCUCACCCCUUCCAAAGCCGCUGAAGCUAUCCCUGCCAAAAAGAACCGUCUCGAAGACUCUCUCCAGGAGGAGGAGGAUGACGACGUACCAAGCCACCCCGUCGAGACCGACAAGGUGGGCCAUAUACGCAAGAAGGUCGAUGAGCUCAGCACCAAAGAGCUUGAGCUCAAGUCUGCCGAGAAGACGUCCGAUGUCGCCUCUACAGCAUCUGCAGACGAGACCAAGCAAGAUUCUGCUUCCGACGCUACUCCAGCUCCCGCACCACCGACCGAAAUCAAGCCACAACCCACUGCUAGUGAUGCCCAAGACAAGAGUACGGAACCACAGUCAUCAAAAGCGUCCCAAGAUUUGCCCGCCCGCACCCAGCCAACUUUCUCCUCUUUCAGCUCCAAAUCGUCCCCCUUCAGCUCGGUCCCUUCCUCCUCAGGCUCCUCCUCUGCCACCGCUUCCAAGAGUGGUUUCUCUGCUUUCGCUGCCAGAAGCGCCUCCCCCCUCGGCGCCGCAGGUAUCAAGCCCAGCAGUCUCGGCUCCAGCAUCGGCGGCCAUCACGAUGAGAACGGUUCCGCAUCCCCCCUCUCUGGCUCCACCGUCUCGGCGCCGCCAACCUCAAAACCAAUCGUAAAAGGAUCCUCCUUCGGUUUUGGUGCCUUCGCUGGCGCAAGUCCGUUGGCAAAGUCAAAAGCCUCUUCCCCCGCCACAUCUGAAAAGCAAACCGAAACGCCACCGCCUACUGACGACAAGGCCAGCUUCACGCAGAAGCUCCUCAGCCAGAACGACGACGCUUCUGCUGCCUCCGAGACGAAGACCAAGCCAUUGCUUGAGGCCACUGAGACUGAAACAAAAACCGGCGAAGAAGACGAGGAGAGCAUCCACAGCAUCCGCGCAAAGCUGUAUACCAUGGCCCCAGACCAAUCGUGGAAGGAGCGCGGUACCGGAACUCUCCGUGUCAAUGUACCCAAGUACUCGUCCGACAAACGCCCCGCUCGUCUCGUCAUGAGAGCCGACGGCAUUCUCAGAGUCAUCCUCAAUGUGCCCCUCUUCAAGGGUAUGAAGUGCGAGCUUCAAGAGAAAUUCAUCCGCAUCGUCGCUCUGGAAGACACCAAGCCCGUUCAUUACGCCAUAAAGCUUAGCAACCCAAACAACGCAGCAGCUCUUAUGGACGUCCUCGAUGAAUUUGUUGUCUCGGCAGAUCAAUCUUCCCAAGCGUAA